GAGGAGAGAGGUUUUGUGGAUUUGGUGCCAAAAAAGGAAGAAAGAACAUAUUUGUGAAUGUUGAAGGGAGGAGUUUUGGUUUUGAGUAUAGCCCAAAUUCUCUGUGCCCUUUAUGCAGCACCCAGUUUGAUUCUAAUCUCUUCAUUUCUAGAGAGAGAACCCAAACAAAAGAAAACCCAUUUCCCCCAUUUCCAUUCUUAUUUCUUCCAUUGAAAAAUAGAUAGAGAGAUUGAAAGAUUGAAUUCUUGUUCUUAUUUUCUCUUCUCUUUCUUUUUCUCUUCUAUUCUCCUCUCUUUCCAUUUCCCAUAUUCCCGAUAUUUCUUCCCCCAGGAAAUCCCGGAGCUUUUCCGGGAUUGAAGAAAAGCAACCAAGUUCCUUCCUCUGUUACUUCCAUUCCCAGAUUUUUGAACAAUCCCACAAACCACAACUUGGGUUUUGAUCAAUACCGUUUUCUGUUCUUGAUCCGAUCCUCAAUUUUCAAACGAAAUCGAGCACCAAGACUUACUCUACACACAUUAACCAACUCAUUUUCUGCCUAUGAACGGAUGAAACUCCGACUGUUAAUGGGUUUGUUGCAAACGAUUUUUUCUGGGAAUCGGAUUCUUGUGGUGCUGGAUUAGUGUUAGAUAGGGGGGGUUUUCUGUUUUGGCUGUUGAUUUCUUUCAAAACCCACCUUUAAUCAACUGGGUUCAACCCCAAUUGCUUGCGUUUUCUUCAUAUUUAGGUUUUUGUUUCCCCAAGGCGAUGGAAUUCCCACUUCGAUUCUGAGUAUUUCGUUUGAAUUUCAUCUGUGUUUGAUCGAGGUUAGUUUCUCCAGAUUCCGUUCAUGGCUGCCAAGUCUGGGUCGCUGGAUUCCUGGAGGAAUUACUUCCGGAAUGCGAAUUCGGAUAUUUUUGGCAUAAUCGAUUACGCAAUCUUGGUGGCGGCUUCCGAUUGUCCUAAGGAGUUCAGGUUGAGGAGAGAUCGAAUUGCGGAGCAGUUGUUCUCUUGCCGAUUGACUCGUUGUUUGGGUUGCGACCGAGUGGAGCUGGCGGUGGCCGGAGACAUCGACGGCGAUGACGGUGAAACGGGUUUCAAAAGCGAUUUCGCCGGAGAUGGGUGUGAGUUUGAGGCUGGUGGGAGCAAAGAGAGCAAGGUUUAUAGUAGUAGAGAUGAUAUAGGGGAGAUGAAUUGUAACCGGGUUAGUAAUUUUAGCUUUGGUGAAGCUGAAGCAUUGACUGAUGAAAUUGAACAAGAAUCUCAGAUUGUUGGAGAGGUUUUGAGGAUCAAAGAGAUUCUGAAUAAUUUUGAAGAAGAGUCUGAUUCAGUGUUGUUUGAAUCACUUAGAAGACUUGAAUUGAUGGCUUUAUCAGUUGAUACUCUGCAGGCGACUGAGAUUGGCAAAGCUGUUAAUGGUCUUCGAAAGCAUGGAUCAAAGCACAUCCGCCAUCUUGCUCGAGUUCUUAUCAUGGAGUGGAAAGAAAUGGUGGACGAGUGGGUGAAGGCUACAGCUGCUGUUCAAGGUGCAGAGGUCACACCAGAUUCAAAAAACAAGUCUGCUUCGGUAAAAGAAGAAGAUAAUUAUGAAGAAGAAGAAGGGCUUCCCUCUCCUCCUUUAGAUGAAGCUGCAUUUUUUACCACUCAGCCCACAUCUAUGGAGCUCUCACAAUUCUUUGAUGGCAUGGACGAUGAUGGAAAUCCUCGAAAUAGUGGUGACUUCGUCAAGAACCGCAAUAAUGUGAGAAAAACAUCAAAUGGCAAUCAAAACCCUGUAAGGAGUAACCAACAAACCGCUCUAGAGGUCAAUGUGCUUGCUAAGGAAAAUAUGACCCAAAUGAAGGAACAAGUUGUGAAGCCAAAUAGGCCAUCCUCAAAUACAAAUUCUGGGCUUUUGAGGCCACAGAAGCUAAGCACAGAACAGAAGGACAACCAUGAGAAGUUCCAGCGCAAAUUGGAUAAACCUACAAUCCCAAAGAGGAAUCAGCAAGUCAACUACAAGUGCUCGGAUGAGGUUGCAGUUCAAGUGAAACUAGAAGCUACAAAGAGGAAACUCCAAGAGAGUUACCAACAAGCUGAAAAUGCCAAGAAGCAGCGUACGAUACAGGUUAUGGAAUUACACGAUCUUCCCAAGCAAGGACUUGGCCACAGAAAUCCACACCUAAAAUCUGGAGGCUACAACCGGAAUUGGGCAAAUGGGCGUCGUUAGGAUCGUCAAUAAUAAGGUAGAAACUGAUGCUUCCAGCAUACUGUCCAGGUGACUUCCAUCCAGAAUCAGGUGGAAGAUCAUGCUAAAGCUCCCUGGCAAACAGUGUCUUGACUGACUCGCUUGAAGGUAAACAACAAAAAACUUGGUUUCAGUCUGUCGUGCCAGAGAAGGGGAUUCCGAUUCAAAGGAGAGUUGGAAUUUAAAAAAAAAAACCCAUUUCCUACUUUAAGUACAUUUUCAAGUAUAGAGAAUUUCUAAUGGAAUUUGGGAGGCAGGUUAUAUAGCUUUAUCAGUGGUUGUUCUGGGAGUUUUGACUUGGUUGGUUAUCUCUUACAUAAUGACUGUAUAGAACCCCUCAUUUGAAUCCUCUUCACUUCACUGACCAGUGACUACUUCUUAUAGACAGUUUCCCCCUUCUUUCUUACAUUCAAGGAAGGCUUCCUUCCAUACUAUGAGAUAAAUGAUAAUGUAAGAUAAUUUGCACAAAAACCAGGUGCAGUCCCAUAAACAGUAUAAAGUAAUCUGUAUACCACUUCAUAUGAAUGGCAAUAAUUGUACUCACAAUUUUUAGCUUUUGUUCUCA